AUGAGUCAAAAAUUAGUUUAUAAAAGUAUCAUUGGUUCAUUUUUACUGAGCAUUGGAAACGAUGGGAAGUUGAAUUAUUCUUUACCUGUUUUACAUCAAAUAGUUCUUGGUUAUUGUAAAGAUCUAGACUUUGAUGCAUUGUAUUUACUUUAUCGUUUCAUUCAUGAAACGAUCGAUCAAAUUUUACUAACAAAAUUUAUUACUCCAUUUAAGAACAAAAGGGAGGAAAUGACUCACUUAUUUAAUGAGAAUUCUAUUGAUAAUGCAAAGGUAAUUUCAUUUUGUUAUUGUAUUAUAAAAGACUGGCAAAAUUGGUUAAAAAUUAUAAGUUUGUGUGAUCUGGUUUUCAGCAUAUUGAAUAAGGAUGAAAAAAUUAAUACCGUUUUAGGAUGUACAAACUCAAUUGUGGAAUAUGGAAAGUUUAGAUUUAUUGAAGCUUAUUUUGACCAUAGAGAUAUGAAAACUUGGCCCUUAGGAAUUGAAAAAAUAUCGAAUUUCAAUGAAGAGUUUGAAAAAAACUUAAAAUUAAUUCGUUUGACUUAUCACGAAUUAAGUCUGCUUUAUGUACAAGAAAAAUAUUUUAAUGGGAAUCCAGAAAAUAUCCAAUAUCUUGAAGCUUACGAGAAAUGUACCAGAUUUUUCGCAGAGAUACUUCCUAUUUCUGCUUUUGAAUUUAUGGUGGCUUUUUCAAGAGAUAACAUUAGCGCUAGUCUAAAGAACUUAAAGUCAAUCAAUAUAAAAGGUUGGUACAAAGCUCAUGGAUCCCAUGACCUUGAAAAAUAUUUAAAUUUAAUUGAGGAAGAGAUUUUAUAUAAUGAAGAGAUUAGCAAUGGUUAUAAAAAUGAAUACUUGGUCUUUGAAAUUUCACUAGUUUCCGCAAUUUCUAAGAACUUAGAAUUUACCUUUGAGAAUCUACUAAUUAAAGAAUUUGUUUUUAUAAUGGAAAACCAAAAAAAAUUAGAAAGAGUGGUCAAAAUUUUAUCAUACGCAUCAACAACAGCAGGAGCAAAUCAAAGAGCGUUUUUAAAACAAUGGCAAAAAUACCAUGAACUUAAAUUUGACAAUGCAAUUUUACAAAACAGUCAAGGUAAAGCUGAUAUUAUACAAAGUAUUUCCUUUAUUUUGAGUUGUUUCGAGCAUCGUGAACUUCUACAGAAUUGCAUAUUAAAAUAUGAUUUGCCCGGGGUUAAUUACGAUAUAGAUGAGUUUUUAUUUGAGUUCAAAAUGAGUGAAAGAGAUUUAUUAGAUAAACCUAAAAUUAAGAAUUUUAUUUCAAAAAUUAUAUUAAAAUAUUGUGAUUUGUAUUUUAAAUUUAAAGAAAAAAUACCAUUUGCAACAUUUUCACAAACGGUUUUGACUAUCUAUGAUUAUUCAGAUGAGUUCAUAGCUCAAUAUACAAAAGAUCUUUCAAGAAGAUUAUUGUUAGGGAAAAAACUAAAUUUAUCAGAAGAAAGAAGGGUAGUUAGUCUAUUUACUAAAAGCUCACCUGCUUUUGAUAGUCAAAGACCAAUGACUUUAAUUGAUGAUAUUGAAUUUGCGAAAACACAACAAGUCUCAACUGAUUCUAAUGGGAAGCUUAUUGAUUUUAAAUCGUUACUUUUACAACGAGAUAGCUGGAGAGAUAUUCCAGAUGAAAGUUUUGCUCACUUAAAAAUACCGCAAGAUAUGCAGAAUAUAUUGCAACAAGUUUCACAAAAAAAAUUUGAUAAAAAAUUGGACUGGUCACAUUACAAACUUCAUAAAUUAUCAAUAACUGGACAAUUUUCAAAUAACAGAGAAAUUAUAAUAAAUUGUAAUCUACUUCAGGCCAUAAUUAUUCUAUCAUUUAACAAAUCAGACAAAUUAAGUAUCAAUCAGUUAUUGAAUAAUUUUAAUAUGGAAUCCAAUUUAUUAAAUUCUAUUUUACAAACUUUUAAAGGUAAUUCAAACAUAUUAAUCCAAAAAAAUGAUACAAUAUUAUUUAAUAGAAAAUUUAAAAAUAAAUCUGGCGUUGUUAAUUUACCUCCUAUAAAAAAUGGUUCUGCUAAAAAUAGUAGAGAGGUUUCUAUCGACAAGGAUACUACAAGUAAUGAUGAAUGA